AUGGAUAAAUUGACAAAAAGAAAAACGGAAGAUGCAGAUUUUGAGGAUGAUUUAGAACAUUUGGAUGAGAAAGUUGACAUUUCAAUGACUCAAAGAACGGCCGCAAGAUCUGCUUCUGAAUUCAAACAAAUACUUCGAAAAUCAACACAUGAAAAGUCAAAGACAGCUGAAAAAACAUUAUCGUCACCAACUUCUCGAAAAAGAAAAUCAAACGUGAUAAAAACCAAAUUUUCUAAAAUAACUUCAAAAGCUAAUCAAACUUUAUCAAAAAGAACUGGCAUAACUAAUUCAAAAUACAUUAAGCGUGACAGCAAAUCAAAACCUAGUUUAAUGAAACAAAAAUUAAAAACUGUUACUGAUAAAAAUGAUGAUGAUGAAAUGUCAUCAAACAAUAAUUUAGAAUCAAAGAAAAGACAAUCAGAAAAAACAAUAGUUCAAACGUAUAAUGUAAUGGAGGUUAAUAAAUUGUCUAAAGAAUUUCCUGAUGAGUAUUGGCAAUUUCAUGCUGAGAGUGGUUAUGGAAUGAUAAGUUAUAUAAACGAAGAGCAUGUACUUGAAUUACUUAAUGUAGAUGUAUCAGAUUAUG